CCCAGGCAGGAACGAAUGCCAGACAAACUGAAGCGUGGGAAAAUUAUGCAAAAAUUUUAGUCUAGAUAAUUAUUCGAAGUACGACUACGAGUGAGGCAUGAUAUGUCGCAUCUUCACGGAAUAAAGAACAUCAGAACUCACCAUUCGAACGAUGGAGAUAUAACUAGUCGUGUCCCGUGUGUUCCGCGGUGGUUGAGAGAGGAGAGGACGAGGAAAAACGAUGGGCGAGAAUCUGCUAGUAGCGGCCAAACCCUGACAACCGAAACGGAAACUCUGACCUUCCGAACUCGGAGGCGCCAAACCCUGACACUCGAACUCUGAGGCGGCAAGCCCUGACAUUGACAGGCCCGGCCACUUGCAAACGUCUCCCAUCCCAAACGCUGACGCGCAAAACUCUGACCCUCCGAACUCGGAGGCGCCAAACCCUGACGUUCGAACUCUGA